AUGAAUAAGCCAUACGAUAAAACAGUGAAAGACAACCCUAUUUAUGUAUACGGAAAGAUACAUGAUUUAGUGGAAGAGCUAAAUAGAUAUCAUCAAAAAUGUUACAUAAAUAAUGAGAAAAAUGUAGAUCUGUGGAAGGAGUUUAAGUACAAGAAGAAGAAAAGGUUCCAGUUCCUUUCGGUGCUGGAUUAUUAUGCGAACGUUAGGAACAAGAAAUGGGAAUUCGACAUCAUUCCAAUUGUAUUUAAUGAGGAGUAUGAGAUUUUGCAUCUAGGUGUUUCGAUGCUUUUCAAUGACAGUUUUUCGGAGGAGUAUAAAAAGGGUAGAUACAACUACAUAGAGCUCUUUAUUUGUAACUUCGAAAAAGAAAAUGUGAAUCAGUGCCAAAGUGAGUGGAUACCAUCGUUGCCUCUCAGAAAUGGACACAGCACAGGUGAUAUUAUGGACUGCCUUGUUAAGGUGGAAGACUUGAAGAUAAUAUACAAGGAGGGAGAGAGCCUCCGUAAAAUAAGCACAGAAAUACCUAGACCGUGUAACACCAGUGAAAGCAAUGACGAAGAUGACGAUAAUACGGAAGGAAGUGUGAUGGCCGCCAUGCAGGAUAGUUACCGUAUGGAGAGAAAAGUCGGGAAGAAGCAAACGGGUUUCCCUUUGGGGGAGGAUUUCUCCAGCCAAGACGAACAGUUCCCAGUUUAUAGCAUUAGAAAUGACUUCAUCGGGGAGGCUAAAUCCCAUUUGAGUAUCGGCGGCGAUGAGGUAGAUGCGCAUCUAUUACUUGCGAGAAAUGUAAACGUGAUUCAAGACAACGAUAUGUCCACGUUGAGGAGCAACCUCAGCGGCGAUAGCGGCAGCAGCGUGCGAAACAGGUUCAUCGCUAGCAAUGACAAGGAGGGGUUAUUCCCUACAGGGUAUUAUUAUAAAAAGGAUGAGGAGAAUAUUUGGAAGGGCGGAAGUAGCAAUAGGGAAGAUUCUUCUACAGAUGGAGGGGGAGCGAUAAAGGCGAGGGUAGGAAAAGAUCGUGAGGGUGCCUACCCCUUCUCUCAUCUCGGAAGUGGUGUUGAAUUCCACAGUAGGGAGACGGAGCGCACGAAUGAUGAUGCGAACCAAGCAGGUAUUCACAAAGUGGCGUACUACGAAAAUGUGAAAAGGGUAAACGAACUGGAGGAGAAGACGUACAUUUCGUCGGAAGGGGGGUCCACGAAGAAAGUGAUAAAUUAUGAGUACCUCUACAGCAGGAGCGAGAGCGAAACGAUGUACUUGGAUUCCCUGAGGGGGAGGAAGCAUCCGACCAACGAGGGCCACUCCGCACAGGGGGACGCCAACGAAUUGGACGCAGCGGAGGAGAGGCCGUUCGCCAGCAGGUGCAGCGUGAGGAGCGGCUACACAAAGAGCAUGCAUACAACCGUGGAGCGGAGUGAGGUAGUACUGGCGGGAAGUCCAGCGGGAGAGGGUAACCACAUUGGAGUGAGUAACCACAUUGGGGAGGGUAACCACAUUGGAGAGGCUAACCACAUUGGAGUGGGUAACCACAUUGGGGAGGCUAACCGCUCCGGGGCAGUCGCAGCACCGGCGGGAAGAUCCCCCCCUGGCGAAUUCGCACGAUUCACAAAGCACGAGCAAACUACGCAUGUUAAUCAUAAUGAGAUAAUCCAGAGUAGCGACAAGGUGCACAUUGUCGAGAGCGAGGAGUACCGGAGGCACACAUAUACAACGUCGGAGAGCAGGAGCAGCAAUCAUAUAGUGACUGACUUGGACGGGCAGGAAGGCAAGGGUAGCGAAGCCGAUAAACGGAAGGAGUUUAAGAUAGGCUUCUUCAGCUUCAAAGGAAACAGAACGUACAACGAAGACAGAGUAAUCACCAUUAGGGACGUGAACGAGUUCGUGCAGAAGGAGUAUAAGGAGGCGAUCGAGGAGAGGGGAAAUCUGUUGAGUGAGUCCCUCGAGAGGGAGUACUACGACAUGCUGCAGAAGACGCAGAGUGUGUACAGAUCGUUUGGGUGUCCCUCGGUCGAAUCUGCAGCGUCGGGGGUGGCGGCGGGAGUAGAGGAGGCUGGGACGACCCCCCCGCCCUACAUGUACUGCGCCAUCUACGACGGACACAACGGAGAGAAGGCAGUGAACAUCAUCCAGAAGUUACUGCAUCUACACGUGCACACCUACUACAUAAAUGGUAAUGGAAUGUCUAACUCGUUAAAGUAUGCCUUCCAUAAGAUGGACGAGCAUUUGUGUAGAAAGACAAUAAAUAAUGAAGAGGAUAAUCACUCCAAUUUUUCCAGUGGAAGUACAGCCUGUGUGAGUGUGAUUUUCAACCACAUGAUGUAUAUUGCGAACAUAGGAGAUAGCAGGUGUGUGUUGAGUAAAAAUGGGAGGGCAGUUGUCGUAACGGUAGAUCACAGAGCUGGAGGAAAUAAAAAGGAAGAGGAGAGGAUUAUAACAUCUGGGGGUAUGUUAGACGACGAAGGGUAUUUAGGUGGCUGUUUAGGAGUGUGUAGAGGGUUUGGCUCGUUUGAUAAAAGGACUAGAGAGAAAUUAAAAGGUCUUGUUUGUGAACCGGACCUAUUUCAAAUAAAUUUAACGGAGGACGAUGAGUUCCUGAUUAUAUGUUGCGACGGAAUUUUUGAUGUGAUGACUUCUCAGGAAGCGGUGAACACCGUGAGGGCUUCCCUGGUGGAGAGUUCUGACCCUACUGUGGCGGCGGAGGCUCUAUGUCAGUUGGCUUACAAAAGGAAGGCCCUGGAUAACCUCUCCGUCGUCGUCGUGAUUUUUCAGAGCCCCGAGAUGAAGAAGAAGGCGCAGUCCAGCGAAAGCGCCAGCUUGUACGCCGGCCAGGCGGGCCGCAAUGAGGUUUUCCUCUCUGAAGAAUUUGAUAGGCCCGUGAAGGGUGUAGCGGUGCAGCCGAAAAGGUUAAAAUAUGCCAAGCGGGAAGCGACCAUCUAA